CGGAGCAGAAGAGCGAAACAUGGCGACUUCGAACAAUCCGCGGAAAUUCAGCGAGAAAAUCGCUUUGCAUAACCAGAAGCAGGCGGAGGAGACGGCGGCGUUUGACGAAGUGAUGAAAGACCUCAGCAUCACGCGGGCAGCGAGGUUACAGUUGCAGAAAACUCAAUACUUGCAGCUGGGACCAAACCGUGGGCAGUACUAUGGAGGAUCUUUGCCAAACGUCAAUCAGCUUGGAAGCAGCAGUAUGGAUAUGUCUUUUCAGACUUCAGGGCUGGACACGAACAGAUCGACGCGACACCACGGGCUGGUGGACCGAGUCUACCGGGACCGGAGCCGCAUCACAUCACCCCACCAAAAACCCCUGGACAAACAUGGACGCCAGAUUGACAGUUGCCCAUAUGGUUCAGUAUAUCUGUCACCACCACCUGAUACCAGUUGGAGGAGGACAAACUCUGACUCAGCACUGCACCAGAGCACAUUAACUCCUGCCCAGCAGGCCUCUUUCACUGGAGGAUCACAGGAGCUCCAGCCAAAAAGAGUUCUCCUUCUCACUGUACCAGGGGCUGAAGCAAUUAAACAAGAGGAUGAUGAAGAUCAGAACUGGGAGUGCAAAAAGAACUUUUCAAGGUCCAAGCCCUGCAAAGUUCCAGGGAUUCACAUAUUCCCGUCUCCGGACCAGCAGUUGACACCUUUAUUAAAACCAGCAGCCCACAACACUGGCGGUUCUCUUCCCGACCUGACCAACAUCCAGUUUCCUCCUCCGCUGCCCACCCCGCUCGACACAGAUGAUGCGACCGCCUCGUUCAGCGCCUCCAACAGCACACAGAAUCUGGCCAGCACGCAAGGAGUGAACACCUCUCAGCCCACAGUAACCAUGGAAAUGCAGCCUGGGCAGGACAACAUGGUUCCUCUCAUCCUGAAUGCAGGAGACUCCCACCAGCACCAGAACCUGCAGCUCUCCCCGACAUCUCCACCUCUCACUCUCUCUCAGGCGGCCAUCAAUGCCAUGAACCUUGAGCAGCAGCUGUCCCAGUACGCCUUCUUCAACCAGCAGCCGUCAUCGCAGACCCACCAGAGCCAGCAACAGACAGGUCUGGUCCAGCUGCCGUCCUCCAUGAACUCCUGCUCCACGUCAGACAACCAGACAUCCUCACAAAACAACAUGACCAUGGACAUGAACACGCAUAACUCCAUACUGGGCAGCGUAUUUGCAGACUUCUACGACCAGCAGCUCCCGUCCAUUCAGGCCAGUGCUCUCUCACAACAGUUGGAGCAGUUCAACAUGAUUGAAACUCCCAUCAGCUCUGACAGCCUCUAUAACCAGACCUCCACCCUCAACUACUCCCAGGCGCUCAUGAUGGGUUUGACUGGUGGCCAUUGCAACCUUCAGGACUCGCAGCAGCUGGGCUACAGUAGCCAUGGCAACAUCCCCAACAUCAUUCUCACAGUGAGCGGAGAGUCUCCCCCCAGCCUGCCCAAAGACCUCACUGGCUCGCUCUCCACAGAUGUCAGCUUCGACGUUGACUCCCAGUUCCCACUGGAUGAUCUGAAAAUCGACCCGCUGACGCUCGACGGCCUGCACAUGCUCAAUGAUCCGGACAUGGUCCUUGCUGACCCCGCCACAGAGGAUGCGUUCCGCCUCGACCGGCUCUAACCACUGCA